CAAACGUGAUUCAUUGCAGACUUAGUACUAGUAGAGUGACUAUGGGCAGUGGUUACAGAGAGUGACCAGCCAAGAUCCCAGUAAAUUCUCGAAGGGAGGAGCAGAGGUCGAAGAUGCAGCAAAUUUCGCACUCGCAUCUUUUGGGAAGGAGCAGCGUUGUAACGCUUGACCCAAAUAAUUACAACUCCAUCAGAAAUAAACCCAGAAGCAUUAUUAAGCUGUUGCCUAUUUCCUCCCUUUCGAAACCCUCCUUUACUCGGAUCUUCCACUCUCGUUCUCUUCAUUGCUAUCCGUCAUUUAUGCUCAAAUUAACCUCUGAGAUACCACCAAGAGACUUCACUUGCUUCCCGACAAGUAGAUUCAUCUCAGGAUCAAGAAAGGUAACAACCCCUUCAUUCUCUCCUCUUCACUCGUCUAAUUCAACCGCCGCCGUCGUCGAUGGUGAUGCUGGCGGCAAUCGGGGCUUUCGAGGAUGGAUUGAAUUGGUGGGAGAAGUGUUAUCGACGGCAUUUCCAGUGUGGGUGGCAUUGGGAUGCCUUCUGGGUCUCCUCAAGCCCAGUUCCUUCAAUUGGGUUCAACCCAAGUGGACUAUUCUCGGCAUUACCAUCACCAUGCUCGGUAUGGGCAUGACUCUUACUUUUGACGAUCUCCGUGGCGCAUUGGCGAUGCCUAAAGAAUUGCUCGCCGGCUUCGUUCUUCAAUACUCGAUAAUGCCAUUAUCAGGAUUCUUUGUGAGCAAGCUCUUAAGGCUGCCUUCCUAUUAUGCAGCUGGGUUGAUAUUGGUGGGCUGCUGCCCAGGAGGGACAGCAAGCAAUAUUGUCACCUACAUAGGACGUGGAAAUGUGGCCCUCUCAGUUUUGAUGACAGCUGCAAGUACCCUGUCUGCUGUGGUGAUGACUCCUUUCCUCACUGCCAAACUUGCAGGGCAAUUUGUUGCUGUAGAUGCCGCUGGACUUGUUAUCUCUACAAUGCAGGUUGUGCUUCUCCCUGUAUUGGUUGGUGCUAUCUUGAACCAGUAUUGCAAAAAAUUGGUCAAGGUGGUUUCACCCUUGAUGCCACCUCUUGCUGUGUUAACUGUAGCUGUUCUAUGCGGCAAUGCAAUUGCUCAAAAUGCAUCUUCUAUCCUUAUGUCCGGUAAGCAAGUGGUGCUUGCUACUUGUCUUCUUCAUGCAUCCGGCUUUUUCUUUGGAUAUGCACUUUCCAGGGUGCUUGGGCUCGACAUAUCAUCGUCACGCACCAUCUCCAUCGAGGUUGGCAUGCAGAAUUCGGUUCUUGGGGUAGUUCUUGCUGGUCAGCAUUUCGGAAACCCCCUCACUGCAGUACCGUGUGCAGUAUCCAGUGUUUGCCACUCAAUUUUUGGUAGUGUCUUAGCUGGUAUCUGGAGAUACACUACACCAACCAAAAAACAGAAUGAACAUGAGUUCUGAUGUGCAUGAGAAAUCGGGGGCAAGGAUUCCACAGUUUGAUGAACUGUCUAUAAUUGAUGUUCAAUCUCAACUAAAAAGAACCUGAAAAAGUUCCAGCCUUGCACAUGAGUUCUGAUGUGCAUGAGAAAUGCAUUGUGAUGCACUUAUUCUUGCUGCUCCAUUUUAAUUUAAGAGCUACUGGGAAUGAUUCAUAGGACCGCCAUGUGUACUUGUGGCGUUUAUGCUUCAAAGGGGGUCUGAUUAUGAUAUUGCCAUUUGAGACUAGUUUCAGUGUGCAAGUAAAAGAGACCGAUUUUUGUGGGCUUCCCACUUGCAUUGAAUUUUGUAUGAUGAAAGCAUUUGGUGGUUUAGUAUGUUGUGUUUUUAUAUGA